UUCUAUCACAUACUAAAAUGUAACACAUCUUUAUUCUACAGUUAUGGUCUCACGUUGGACCAGAAUAGAGAUUUGACGGUGGAGAGACUGGAGUAUAUCUUAACGAGGCCACUAAUGCGACAUCACCUCAAAGAUCAGGUGAACAAAUUCAGUCUUUUACACCCCUCAACUGAUAGCAGUUUUACACCUCACGCAUUGCAGAAUGUUUGUCUGGGUGUUGUUCAGAUAUGAAACUGAGUUGUAUGUCUUGAGGGGUUUUUAGAUGAAAGAGAAACAACCAGGCUUCAUAGCCAAGAGCUUGGGUAUCACGGAACUGAUAUGCUCUGCAGAUAUGUCCACUGGAGUAAAGGUAUGCUAAUUGAUGCUCCAACACACACACACACACACACACUCACACACACACUCACACAGGUAAGCAUUGCUUGUCAUAGGCAUAGUAAGGUAAGCAUGAUAUAAUUAUAUAACCAAAUUCAUGAUUACACUGUGUAGGCUGUGUGUACUGUCUGUACUGUGCUCUUUGGCAUUCUCCCCUCUGGUCCACAGUUGGGUGUGGUCUGUGGCUUGUUUGGUGGUGCAGUCACAAACCUUGGAAGCCCUGAACAGAAAAAAACAUGGUAUCUCCCGGUUACGGUACGUGUCCACUGUCACUCACACAGCUCACAUGCAAAGUAAUGUAACAGAUCAUUUACAGCUUUUGUCCCAAUGUCUGCCUCUUGUCAUUACAUUCUUACCAUGCAUGCACUUGCACAUAGCUUUUUCUGCCAUACACAUUCACAUUCAUCCACAGCACAUAGUGUCAUUGGAUGUUGUUAUUUAUCCGAUACAACAAUGGAUUUAGCCUUUAAUUUUUAAUCCUUUGUCAACUCUUCAUCACAAUUGUUUUGACUGGGUGUAACUUCUGUCAGGAUUCGGAGUUCACUGGGAUGUUUGCCAUGACAGAGAGGGGUCAUGGGAGUAACGUCCGGGGAAUCCUUACAGAGGCCUGCUACGAGCCAUCUACACAGGUCAGCUUAAUAACAUGCAUAACACACUCACAAAUCAAGUGACACCAUUGAGGUAAUGAGGAAUUCUGGACUGAUGGACAGUUGAUUGGUUCAACACGGCAGCAACCUCUUUUCACCACUCAACAUUGACCUACUGUACCGGUCAUUUGGGUUAGGAUGAAAUUCCACUUUAGUUACAGUGUAUCAUAAUUAGUUCCACUAUGUGCAGAGGACAUUAUACCACAUACCCCAAAUGAUACAGUCUGUUGUACGUAAUCCGUAACACAGUGGACUAGAUCAUAUUGUGUUACAAAGUUACACAACUAUAUCAAUAUGUAUGUGAAAUAUGCAGGUCAUGGACAUGUCUAGUAUAAACAGUAUGUUCCCUCUUUUAGUCUGGGCCUUUCUUUACUGAUCAUAUUUAGUUAUAUCCAUUUCUCUUUUGGCCUUCAGGAGUUCAUCAUCCACACACCGUGUGAGGAUGCCCAGAAGAUGUACAUCGGAAACUCCAUGAAGGGGAAUUACGCCUCCGUGUUCGCUCAGCUCAUCAUCAAUGGAGAUUCCCAAGGUGGGACUCACUCAAUACAACAGUCUGUCUGCUAUGGGUUGUGUUUAGCAACAGCCCCUGUGCAUUUACUAAUGUAUGUUCAAUGUUUGUAUUCAUCCCCAUAGGUCCUCACUGUUUCAUUGUCCCAAUCCGAGACCGACAUGGAGUCAUGAAUCCUGGAGUGACAGCCAUUGACAUGAAGCACAAAGAAGGUAGCUAGUUUUCAAUGGCCUGUUUUUCCUGCAAGCAGUGUUCUUCUUCCAACUGUGUGCCAUGAAUAUGAUACUGUGAGACAAUUAUUAUUGUCACAAAUGCACACAGUUGUGUAUUAAUAUGUGGAUUUUUAUUGAACAUUUGACACUUAGGCAUGCUGUGUGUAUGUGUGUGUGUGUGUGUUGUCACAGGCUUACACGGGGUUGACAAUGGCAUCUUGAUAUUCGACAAUGUCAGGAUACCGAGGAAGAACCUACUCAGCAAGUGAGUGGACUGUAAUCAUUGUAUUUCUAUAUAACAUAUGAAUAUUAUGUGCUCCACUGCCGGGUCAGUGAACAGUUCUCUAUAACUGCCUUUGGAAGUUGAAUGCAUUCCAGACAUCGUUGGAAUAUGUCCUCACUUGAAUUAUGCCUAGCUGUGUACAGUGUAAAGGAUGCAGCAUCAAUGUGUUUUAUGACCCUCCUGCUCCAGGUUUGGCUGUGUGUCGGCAGAUGGGCUGUACUCUUCUCCUGUCCAGAACAAGAGCAAACGUUUUAACGCCAUGUUGGCUGCUCUCACCCCUACAAGGCUGGGGCUCACUGUCCAGGCCAUGGCUGCCAUGAAGGUGUGUUUACAGGGCCAUGUGUAG